AUAUAUAUACGUACAACCAUCGAGUUCUAAUCACCAUAUAUGCAUAUCUCUAGCUAGCUUCAUUCCAAACUAAAUAUGAAUCUUCCUAUCUUGUUUACGUUUUCUCUCCUUGUUUCAAUCUCUUGUGCCGAUACAGUUUUCGACUUUUGUGUCGGAGACUUGAGCCUACCUAGUGGACCGUCAGGGUACGCUUGUAAGGAUCCUGCUAAAGUCACGGUAGAUGAUUUUGUACACUCGGGUCUGGGUGUCGCGGGUAACACUACUAACAUGUUUAAAUUCGGUGCAAGUGUAGCAUUUAGUCCUCAAUUCCCAGGGUUAAAUGGUAUGGGAAUUUCCAUGGUACGAGCAGACUUGGGUGUUGGUGGAGCCGUGCCAAUCCACACUCAUCGAGUGGCGGAACUCCUCAUAUUAGUCGAGGGUACCGUAAUUGCUGGAUUCAUCAACACAAAUAACACGGCAUAUUACAAAACGUUACAUAAGGGGGACAUUAUGAUCUUCCCACCACAACUUCUUCACUUUCAGGUCAAUGUUGGGUCAACACCGGUUGUUACGUAUGCAAGUUUCGCCAGUGAUAAUCCCGGUGUUCAAUCAGUUGACGCGGUGUUUACAAACGAUCUACCGUCCAAGGUGGUUGAGAAGGUCACUUUGCUUGAUCAUGCACAAGUGAAGAAGCUUAAGAAAGUAUUUGGUGGCAGUAAUUAAUUAAUAGUUGAUUACAUAUACAUUAAUUAAUGUCAUAAUUUUUGUAAUUUCUUUUUUGAGUGAUAAAUCCUUAAUUAAUGAUUUGCACAAUUAAGCAACUUCCAAAAAGCUAUGAUAAUCCAAGCACUCGUAUUAAUUAA